ACUGUCUUUCAUUUCCUGUAAAACAUACCCUAACCAGCAAUUGUGUUACAUUGUAUCAGUGAUUCCGCAAAAACCUAAGAAGGGAGAAAUAAUGAGUAACGUGAUCGAGAAAUUUGGCGUUAAGAUUGUAAGGAACCCUCCUGAAGAGAACCUCACUGAACUUGGUGUUAGGAAAUGGACAAAAUGGAAUUGCCCUCCGAGCAAAUUCGGAUGGACAUAUGGAAAUAAGGAGACUUGCUAUAUCUUGGAAGGAAAAGUGAAGAUUAGCCUAUAUGGGAAAGAGGAGUCAGUGGAAAUUGCUGCUGGUGAUUUGGUUGUGUUUCCAAAAGGGUUGACUUGCACUUGGGAUGUAUUAGUUGCUGUUGACAAGCACUAUAACUGUGGAUGAAUCUACAAGUUCAUAUUCAUAGAGAAUGAGACAAUAGGACACAUUCAUGAAUAAAUGGCUGUGCUGUGGUUUUGAAUGAAAUAAGAACUUUGAAGAA